AUAAAAAAAUUAUUUCUAACAUACUAUUUUCUCCUAAGGUUAGGAGUUAUUUUCUCCUAGAGUUGGGAGUCAUUUUCAGAUCUCAUUGCUAUGGCGGAUCCGAGUGUCACUGAUCUCACAACGGUGUUGGGUGAGCGGUUAUCCUUGACUGCUGAUAAGGAGGUAACGCUGAACCUUGAUGAUGGUAGUGGUGUGGAUCCUACGGGGGGUGGCUGGAGGGGAUGCCUUGUUGGUACCGUGUUGAUAAAAAAAAUGAGGGUGCUGGCGGUAGGGCCAUGGUGUUUUGCAAACCAUGUCAUGGUACUAAAGGAGGCAAAGGAAGGGCAUCGAGUAGCUAGGGAGGAGUUGUAUGAAGUUCCCUUUUGGAUCCAGAUACAUGGGCUACCUCUAGAUCGGAUGAUGGCAAUAACCGGGAGGCGAGUAGGGGAGGCGUUGAGACGGCUUGUUGAGGUGGAUGAUGGAGGUGGCAAUGCUUGGGGUGUGGAGUAUAUCCGAAUGAGUGAAGCAGGGGGUGCAUGGUGGCUACGGGACUCCUCUGGAAACCGUGUCACGACGGAGGCAAGGUGGCGACGCCCGAUUCCCCGAUUAGGAAGUUCCUCGAAUAUGGAAACAGGUGGCCUUAAGGCAGAUUCUAAUCAACGUGAUUGGGGGCGUAAUGGUUUGGAUUCAUCGCAAAAUCAAGAUGAGAUUGUUCCUUUUUGCGGAAUAGAGCAACAGAAAUUAUCCGUUGCACAGCAGCCUAUCUUACAAGUCCAAGAUUCUAGGCGCGGGAAAGGCGGUGUGAAGGAUUUUGUUUCCAUAAGUGUGGGGGUUCCAGUGGAAGUCAGCCCCUUACAGGCCCAGUCCUCCAAUAUUUCAAACCCGGGUAGUAGCAAUGUAGAGGGAGGCCCUGUUUUCUUCUUCCAAUCUAGCCAAUGUACUACAAGCCCAAAAACAAGAACCUGGAAAAAAGAGGCGCGCGAGUGCAAAUCUGUUCCAUCUCACUUUAAAUCAGUUGUUCAAAGGAUGAAGAGAAAAGAUAAUACAGUGCAGGAAGAUGACCUUGAGUUGGGGUGCUAUGAGAAGCGUAGCAAAGGCGAGGGUGGUGAUGUUCGGAGCCUCAUCGAACUAGUGGGGUUGAAGAAGCUUGCAGUAGUGUUCUUGUGUGAGACAUUACUGGAUAGAAGAGGUAUGGAUCGUAUUCGUCAGAGGUUGAGGUUUCACAAUUGUUUUACUGUAGACAAGAUUGGACGCAGUGGAGGCUUGGCUAUGCUGUGGACUUCUGAGGUGUCAUUAUCCUUGUUAUCUUACUCUACCAACCAUAUUGAUAUAGAGGUUGAAGAGAUCCGUGAGAAGCUGGAUAGGGGGUUGGCAACUGCUCGUUGGCAUGAUACUUUCCCUCAUGCUAUAGUCCGAUUACUUACCCCUCUAGCCUUUGAUCAUAAGCCUUUGUGGAUCCGAAUUGAUGGGCGACGGGACAGGAGAAACAGGCAUCGCAAAAGGUUUAGGUUUGAAGAGAUGUGGUUGCGUGAUUAUAGAUGCCAAGAGGUGGUUCAGGCUAGUUGGAAAUCCAUUGAGGGGAUAGGUGAUUGGGGUUGUCUACUGCACAAAAUGAAAGAGUUCGAGAGGCUCAGUCACCAUCAGGAUCUUGCUCUAGCCGCGAAAGAGGAACGUUGUGUGCUUAAUGAACUUGAGGAAUGGCUGGAAAGGGAAGAGAUAAUGUGGAGGCAACGCUCUCGUGAUAUCUGGAUUCAGGAGGGGGAUAGGAACACUUGUUUUUUCCACAGAAGAGCUACAAAGCGUAAUGAUCGUAAUAGGGUGGAGAAGCUAAUGAAGGAUACGAGAGAGUGGACAUCUAGUUUUGGCGAGGUUAAAGUAGUUGUCACAGAGUACUUCACCCACCUCUUCACAUCAACAGAUCCUACGAACCUAGCUCUAGUGACAGAUUGCUUAAAACCUUGUGUGCAAGAUGGGGACAAUUCUUUCCUACUACAUGAGUUGACUGAGGUGGAGGUUACGAAGGCUCUAUUCCAAAUGCACCCGUCUAAGUCGCCUGGUCCGGAUAGUCUCUCCCCAAUUUUCUUUCAACGCUUUUGGGUCCCAGUGAAGGAUGACAUCGUUCAGCCAUGUUUGCAGUAUCUGAACCAAGGAAUUCCCUUUCUGGAUGACCUAAAUCUCACUAAUAUUGUGCUAAUCCCAAAGUGUCCUGAGCCAAAAGCAAUGGGGGAUCUAAGACCUAUAAGCCUGUGCAAUGUUAUCUAUCGAGUUCUUGCAAAAGUGUUGGCAAACAGAUUCAAGAAGCGUAGGAAAAGGGGAUGGCAGGCUAUUAAACUGGCCAUGAGCAAAGCCUUCGAUAGAGUGGAAUGGCCGUAUCUUGUGGCAGUUAUGAAGGCCCUAGGCUUUGCUGAGCGAUGGAUUAGCUUAAUAAUGGGUUGCGUGACCUCAGUCCAGCCUUACAACAAUGAUAAAGGAUGCAGAGAGGAGAAAGAUGUUGCAUGUAAUGUGCCGUCUAUCGCACGAGAUCGUGUUACGGGAAUUCUUGGUAUGAAGGAGUUGAGCUCCCCAGGUAGAUAUCUUGGUUUCCCAGCCCAAGUUAGUAAAGCAAAGGCAAGAGCAUUUUCUGACUUGAAGAGUAAGUUUCGGGCCCGUAUUUGUGAUUGGCGAAAGCAACCCCUUUCAAAGGCUGGGAGAGAGAUCCACUGGAUCAAGUGGAGAAAGCUUGCAACUCCAAAGAAGAUGGGAGGUUUGGGGUUCCGAGCUCUUCAUGAAUUCAAUUUAGCUAUGCUUGGUAAGCAAGGCUGGCGUUUACUCGUCAACCCGGACUCACUGGUUGCACAAUUGUUGAAGGCUAAAUAUUAUCCCCGGUCAGAUCUCUUGCAUGCGGGGUUGAAGCCCUCCUGUAGCUUUACAUGGCGGAGUAUCUGCUCUGCCACUACUCUUCUCAGACAAGGCCAGUUUUAUGUUCAAUCACCCCCUCCGGCCGAUUACGAGCUUCGCUACGUAUGUGAUCUUAUUGAUGCUGAUUCUCACUAUUGGAAGCAUUAUUUAAUUCGGGCAAUUUCUAAUCCUCAUGAGGCCCAGCUUAUCUUAUCCAUGCCCUUGAGUUGGCUGCAUCGAGAUGAUGGCUGGACAUGGCGGUUUACAAGACAAGGUUCUUAUUCUGUCCGCUCUGUUUAUCACCGUGCAAUGGCCAUGGGUGGGUCUCAUGCAGGCCCCUCUCCGUCCUCGUCAAGCUUUAGGGGUGGUCCUUUUUGGAAUCUUGAUAUCCCUGAGAAGGUUCGCUUGAUGAUUUGGCAAGCUUAUAGGAAUAUUCUCCCCACAAAAGAUAAUCUAAUGCGUCGCCGAGUUGAGGUCGAUCUUGACUAUCCUAUGUGUGGCAUGGAGCAGGAAUCUGUGUUCCAUUGUCUAGUGGCUUGUGCGGCUAGCCGUGCGAGUUCCAGGAAUGAUGCUUUGUGGAAUGAUAGAUCCCCCAACCCACAGCUUAUUAUCGAACAGAGCUUAGGAUUUUUAGACGAGUAUCGUAGAGUUAUGGCUUUACAAGGUCGCGGACCCUCGGUGUCUCAUCGGAUGGAAACGAGAUGGACCCCUCCAGUUGGAGAUCAUGUGAAGAUAAAUGUUGAUGGGGCAGUUUUAGCUCACCAGCGCAUUUAUGGCAUGGGCGCCAUUGCAUGGAACAGCUCGGGGGCAGUGGUGGCAGCCAUGUCAUGCAAAGGUCAGGGGAUUGUGUGUGCCGAGAUUGCUGAGGCAUGUUGUUUGCGCAAAGCUUUGCAAUGGGCUUGUGAGCUCUCCUUUGAGAAGGUGAUUAUGGAAUCGGAUUGUGCCAGCUUGGUGACAGCUAUGAACUCUUUCCUUUCUGGUAUAAACUCCAGCUUAGGAACUGUUCUAUCAGAUUGCAAAUUGCUUAUGGCCUCUAUUAAUAAUUGUCAUGUCAAAUUCAUCCGUCGCGUGGGUAAUUCAAUGGCUCAUGAGCUAGCACGACGGGCUCUACAUGCUAAGGAUGAUGAGUACUGGACAUCAGAGGUGCCACCUUUUCUCGCGCAUAUUGUCUCAAAGGAAAUGCCUUAAUCUAGAUGUUUUGUAAAGUUCCUUGAUUUAAGUGAAAUAAAAUAUGCGCCUAUGA